UUUACUAUACCCAAAAUGAAGUAUAGAGAUGAACCUAAUAUGAGCGAUACCACGAUAUUAAUGAGUGUAGAAGAUCUGAUAAAUAGAGCUAUGGGUCCACCAGAUAAAAAUGUAAUAAAUUACAAAUUAGUGCAGACAGUUCUUCACAUUCUUGCACGACAAAUGCGCAUGCUCGAACAACGGGUGGAGGUCAGAAUUGAAGAGCAUCUAUCACCUCGUGAGAGAAGAGAAAAGACUAAAAAAGUAGAAAUAUCUACUGAUAGCUCAUCUAGUAAGAGUUCACGACCUCAUACUUCUAAAGGCCGUAUGGGAGAGAUUUCAGAAGAAACUGAACGAGAUAAAGAGAAAGAAAAAUCAGAACGACCCAUUUAUAAAGGAGAGCAAAAACAAUAUACAGAAAUAGAUACAGCAAUAAAAAGUACACAUAAGGAAAUAGAAAUAGAAGAACAGGAUGAAACGACAAAAAGUGAAAAGGGUACCAAGCAAAAAGCAAAACAAAAGACAAUUUCUAAGAAAAGGGAUAAAAGUGAGAAAGAACUAAUAAAGGAGGACGAGAAAGAAGAACUAGAAAUGUUAAAUGACAGAGAAAAAUCUGAAAAAGUAACAGUAAAGGAAAAGGAGAGAGAAGAGCGAUCAACUGUUAAGGACAAGGAAAAGGUUGUAACAAAGGAAAAAGUGAAAGCGGAAAAAGCUAUUUCCAAAGAAAGGGAAGACAAAGCAAAUAUUGUUUCUAAAGAAAGACCAGGGGAAGAUAAAAAGGAAACUGAAGAUAAAGUAAUGAGGAAAGAAAAGGAAAGGUCUGAAAAAAAUGCUACAAAGGAUAAGCAAAAAGACGAAAAAGAUACACUGAAAGAAAAGGAAAGAGAAGAACAAGGUGGUAUUAAAGAUAAAAUAAAGGAAUUGAAAGUUCAAGAUAAGGUUGACAAAACUGCUACUACAUAUAAAAAGAAAGAAGAAUAUCAAAAGUCGGAUAAAGUAACACCUAAAGAACGAGAAAAGAUGGAAACAGAAGCAAUAAAAGAAAGGGAUAUGGAGGAGAAGUUGUUGCAGAAAGAUAAAGAAUUAGCGGAGAUGGCGGCUAAAACUAAAUUAAAACGUGAUAAGGUUAAAAUUUUAAAACUGACUUAUUCGAUACAGGUGGAGCGACAAAAAGAGAAGGUGUUAGUAGUUGAGAAAGGGCCAACGACACGUGUUGAUUCGCGAGGACGUGAAAGCCUAGAAGUGGUUACACGAUCCGAAUUUGAAAUCCUCGAAGCUUUAGUGAAUGAUUUAAAAAAGAAUGUUGGUCCAUUGCCAACACCAGCACUGCCGGAUAACAAACAACUGAGAUCCGAACUGGCUAAAGGCAGUGCUUCUCUUAUAGAUAUCAUGAAUGCUAUGCAGGUGAAAGCUCGUGUAGAAGCAGCUGAACAAGCUAUUGGCCGUAUGAGUGAGUUACUCACAGAACUAGCGGCAGUAGGUGCUCUGCCCGAAGAUUUCGCUAACAGAAUUGUAGAGGUUCAGUUUGAACCACUUGACACUUUGAAGCCGACUGACACCAUAGAGACGCAUGACGCAUUUGAGCUACCGUUGGACACAUCAGACGAUAAAUCUCGAAUAACUCCCGGUAAAUCAGUAGCUAUAGACCCGGCUUCGAUCAAGUCAGUUGCUCCGAGAUCUGCGCAGUCGGUGGUAUCGCCUUUCAAAGCCUCAGUCGGGAUGCCAUCCCUAGCUUCACGCUUCUCCACCGCGCCAACGUUGUCAUCUUUGCCUAAAGUUACUCACGUAGAGAUGGAUGAUGCUCUCCGUUCUCUAAAAGAAGAUUUAUCAAGAAAUGUAAAUCUAAUAGUCUCGAAAGCUUCAGCAGCCGCAGACAUGGCAGUGUCUAUGGCGAAAUCAGUUUCUGAAAAGCUGAAUGUGGCAGUACAGUUAAACACGCGUGUAUCGACGUUACACUCACUCGUAUCCGACUAUUCAGAACAGCUCAGUGGUUUCGAUGCCGGACUUUCUACUCAGAUGCAAGGUUUCCAAGACCAAAUAGACCAACUGCGAUCAGAUUUAAAAGAUGGACUAACACAGCUCGAGCAAGUAAAUAAUAAUGCUGAAACAGUAGCGGUGAUGGACCUCACGGAGCGUUACGGGGGUUUGGUCUCCGAGCUGGAUCAUACAUUACACCUGCAUAAAUCGCUCACCAGCUUCCAGAAGCAACUUGGCGAUGAGUUACAUAGUCUUGUGGACAGCGUAGAAAUGUUAAGAGAACAGAAAGCUGAUCGGGAUGAGGUUUUGGAUGGACUUAGAGAUAAAGCAGAUAAUUCACGACUGGCUGGUUUGUUGAGCGAAUUGGAGUUCGCUGCCUCUCGUGCUGAACUAGACAGGCGACUUGAAAUCUGCUAUGAGAAGUUCUAUAAACAGGACAGUGUUUGGAUGGAAGCUAUAAAGGAUUUGUCUCAGAUGGUUGGCAAGAAAGCAGAACUGAUGCAGUUGUUGUCAACCCAAGAUGAGACACAACAGCAGCUACGGGAGCUGCACGAGAAGUUGCACGUACUUGCGUUAGCACUUGGCGAACCCAAGGCUGCUAUUCUAACACGAAAGAUAUGUCGAGAUGCUACUUGCGGCGCAUGCAUGGUACCGGCCCUGAUGGAGGCCGUGGAGGUAAAUCACGGAGCGCCGCCCCCACUGCCUGCCCUGAGACCGCGACCCACCGGAGCCCCUGCUGAGGAGUCCGCACUCUGUCUGAAAGAGUGGAAAUUGCCUGAAUAUGCGGAUGAUAGGGAUCACGUAUGCCAUCGCUGGUGUGGAGGCUCCCAUACUAUUAUCUCAGAUGCGGUGACACAUCGACAAGCGCUACCACUGCAGUUGCAGUCUAUACCCACCAAACGGUUCACUGGAUAUGGCUCUGAUGGAAAAUCGUAUAUGAUGGAAGAAGAGCUUGAUCCAUGUUUGGAGUGCAACCCAGUUGUGGAUCAAUCUAAGGAAGCUCCACUACCCUCCGAAGAAGGCGACGGUGAUCACGGUAUUUUGAAAACUUCAGGGCCAAGUCGAAACUACUAGCGAAUUUAUAUAAUAUUGAGAUGAAUAAAAUAAUUUUACUUACGUAAUGUUUU